GCAAAGUAAUUUUGCCCUAGUCAAUCAGCAUUGAGUAGUUUUGCCCUGUCUCCUGUCUGUUACAAAGUAAUAUAUAUUUCAAUACACCGGAGCGAAGCCAGAUCAACACUUCCAUAGGCGCCUCGAAGGAUAAACAUUUCAGCGACUAAGAUGCCAACGAUUGUUCUUGUCACGUUCUAUUCUAACAAACGGAAAAUAGAGUUUGACCGAUGUGGAGGAGAACCGACCGUGGCAGCUCUUCGAGAGCAGUUUUUCAAAACAUUCGAGAACGUUAUACCCGAAGGAAUCACCCCUGAUGAAAUCUUGUUUCAACGCUUCAGCAAGAAACACAACGACUGGAUUGAUCUCGACGAUAAAGAUCGUGUAAAAAACAAAGACAAAAUCAGAGCCCAGAUUAAAGUAUCGAUAAACCCGCCACACCCUGUCAAAAAUACCAAAGCAUACCGUCUGUGGAACCCGAGCAGUCGUGUUAAUGGGAGUCUCCUGAAAAAGACAACAAACCCUUCUACUUUGAAAUGCGACGGGCACAACUCAGAUCCGCCAGCAGAUUUGAAGAUACAAUUUAUAGACGAGAGUACUCUUGAAACUCCAAAAUUAUUCCGACUUCAGUUUGAUGGUAGCACGGACACAGAUAAAUGGCUGAUAACUGGGGAAGGGGAGCACAAGGAUGUCAGCGUUAAGCCUUUUGAUACCAAAACGGGAACGGUGCAAAAAAAUCAGAAGUUCCAGCCGUCUUAUUUCUUUGGAAGCACGCGAUUCGAAUGUCUUGACGUUGGCGGAAGAAAUGAUCUGUUCCUUUCUGUUGAAAGCGAUGGAAAAGUGACGCUUGCUGAAGGAGGCCCAAUUGAAUACCCAGUGGCUAGCACUCUCUUUGUUACUAACGAGCAACCGUAGUAUUUGUGAGGGGAGGCGCCGUAAGAAAACUUUUGUAAGUUUUAAAUGUUCACCCUUUAAAUUACGGGAAUUACGUUCAAGGUCGUAGAAUGAACAGAUGAAUAUAAAAAUUAUAGAUCACUCAGAAUAAAGCUGGUAUUUUUGUCGUCCUAAUAAAUAUAUAAGCAUAAUACAUCAUUAUCAUCAUUAUACAACUUGGAUUUAUUAAAAUAUUACUGUUAUCAUGGUUCAGAUGUGAAGCCAGUCCCUUUUUAUAGGCUUUUUUAUGCCGCUAAGGCUUCAUACAAGUAAAGAUUGAGCAACAUUGCGCUUGAAACUUUCAGUUUUUUUAGAUGGUGAGUCAAUUUAAACAGUUUUAAACACAAAAAAAAUGUGGUUCUUUCAUUGCUAUGGAAACGUACUAAUGGAAUGCGAAAUUCCUGUUGUCACCAGGGUGACUCCUCCCUCUCAUCCAUUCUUCCUCCUUACUCCUCCUCCAGAGGCGGGCUCUCCUGUUUGUAACUGGUGAAACUGUAUCAUUUAAAAACAAGGGAGCGCUUGUUAUCCCAUAUGUAGCCCUUAUAGCCUAGCCUACACAUAGCUCAGACUUUAUAAAAGGCAGGGAAUCUGUUAGUUUCUUAUGCAGUUCUACAUGUAGACAAUUAUUCUUUUUAUAAAGACAUUUGGUGGGAA